ACUGACUUGCAUCUCUACCAGCUUUUGAAACGCAAAGAUCGGAUACCUCCUUUCCACAAACUUUAUACCAUCCCGAGAAAACUGCUUCUUUGAUUUAUACGUUGACCUGAAGAAAAAUGGCUGGAGCUCUCGAGAACGCACAAAAAGAACUUCCAAGAAUUAGGGACCAUGAGCGCGAGUCCGACUUCGGCUCAAUCUUCUCCGUGUCUGGCCCAGUUGUUGUUGCCGAAAAUAUGCGCGGCUCAGCAAUGUAUGAAUUGGUACGCGUUGGCCACGACGAGUUGGUCGGUGAAGUUAUCCGUAUCGACGGUGACAAGUGUACUAUCCAAGUGUACGAAGAAACUGGUGGUUUGACAGUAGGCGAUCCUGUGUUAAGAUCAGGCAAACCAUUGUCUGUUGAACUUGGUCCUGGUUUGAUGUCAAAUAUCUACGAUGGUAUUCAGCGACCACUGAAGGCUAUUCAAGAAGCUUCACAAAGUAUCUACAUUCCUCGUGGUAUCGCUACACCUGCGUUAGAUAAGAGCAUCGGCUGGGAUUUUGACCCUUUGAACUUCAAGGUCGGUGAUCAUAUUACAGGCGGUGAUAUUUAUGGCAAAGUCUGGGAGAACUCGUUGGUUUCCACCCAUAAUAUCAUGCUACCUCCUAAAGCACGCGGUACCAUCACAUACCUGGCACCCAAGGGCCAAUACAGCAUUGAUGAUACUGUCCUUGAAGCUGAAUUCGAAGGUGAAACUACCAAGUACACAAUGAAACAACUGUGGCCUGUCCGUUCUCCUCGCCCCGUCGCUGAGAAACUUAGCGCAAACCAUCCUUUGUUGACCGGUCAGCGCGUUUUGGACUCACUUUUCCCGUGUGUCCAAGGUGGUACCACUGCUAUUCCUGGUGCCUUCGGCUGUGGCAAGACCGUCAUUUCUCAAUCUCUUUCAAAAUAUUCCAAUUCCGAUAUCAUUAUUUACGUUGGUUGCGGUGAACGUGGUAAUGAAAUGGCUGAAGUCCUGAUGGAUUUCCCCGAGUUGACUAUUGAUGUUGAUGGUCGGAAGGAGGCCAUCAUGAAGCGUACUACAUUGGUUGCAAACACCUCAAACAUGCCAGUCGCAGCACGUGAAGCUUCCAUCUACACGGGUAUUACGCUUUCUGAAUACUUCCGUGAUCAAGGCAAGAACGUUGCUAUGAUGGCCGAUUCCACCUCUCGCUGGGCUGAAGCUUUGCGUGAAAUUUCUGGUCGUCUGGCUGAAAUGCCUGCUGAUUCUGGUUACCCCGCUUAUCUUGGUGCGCGACUGGCUUCUUUCUACGAACGUGCUGGCAAAACCACUUGUCUUGGUAACCCUGCUCGUGAGGGUAGCGUAACCGUCGUUGGCGCUGUUUCACCUCCUGGUGGUGACUUCUCUGAUCCUGUUACAGCUUCGACAUUGGGUAUCGUGCAGGUCUUCUGGGGUCUCGAUAAAAAGCUUGCUCAGCGUAAACAUUUCCCAUCGGUGAACUGGAACUUGAGUUAUUCCAAGUAUAUGAAGGUGUUGGAACCUUUCUAUGAAAAUGCUGAUCCUGAAUACAUCUCCCUUCGAGAUAAAUGCAAGGAAAUUCUCCAGAUGGAAGAGAAUCUGUCCGAAAUCGUUCAGCUUGUUGGCAAGUCUGGUCUCAAUGAAAGCGAUAAGAUCACACUUGAAGUUGCUCAAAUUAUCAAGGACGAUUUCUUGCAACAGAACGGCUACAGUAACUAUGACCGUUACUGCCCCUUCUACAAGACAACUUGGAUGUUGCGCAACAUGAUCGGUUUUUACACUCAUGCCACCCAUGCCGUUGAAGUGUCCAACAAUCAGAUUACCUGGGCCAAGAUCCGCGACUCAAUGAAGGACAUCAUUUACAAGCUUUCAUCCAUGAAGUUUGAGGAUCCCGCCGACGGUGAGGACGUACUUGUAGAAAAGUAUACUGCUCUCCAGAAGGAGAUUGAGGCCAAGUUCCGCGAUCUUGAAGUUUAGUUUGUGUAAUUUUUUUCUGGCUUUUUACAUAAACCAUUUAUUUGCUUGUUGCUUUACCUGCACUUUUCCAUACUAUCAAUUCCUUUCCAUACUUGAUGUUUUACUAUCAUUGCUCCCUUGAUGUGCUCGGGGUGUCAAAACAUCCACCGAAA